CAACUGAAUCAUAAAAUAUGCACUUUCAAAAGGAUCUACUUUGACAAGCGUACAUUCAGAACCCAAACUCUAUUCGCUUGGAAAGGUUAUUGCUCCGACAACAGCAAUCAAGCUCCAGUACCCCACUCGGAAGAACAAUGCGCAUGAGGGGAAUGUAAUUAUUUAUUGCUGCAUGAUCGCAUUCGUGAACUUCUUGCGUCAACUGUUAACCCCUAUAAAUUUCUACCUACAAACUUUUAAAUAUAAGUAAAUGUGAUAUUUUUCAUUGAAAAUAUCUUUGCAAUAAGUCUGCUUGGCAGUUGUAGAAAACCAGACCUCCAGUUGACCGUUUCCUCUUUUGUACGUGUUUAUGAUAUCAUUCUUGGCAAUUGAGAUAAGCUUCAAAUUCUCAGGAUGUGUCAUCGAUCUUUAAAAUCUGUUACAAUAGCUUAGAACCAAAAGGAUGGCAGAUAAUAAUAUAAUAAUAUGACGUUGUUGUACCCGAUGCUUCUUCAGGAAUGACGAGACUGGAACUUUAAGCGGCAUUACAACGAAGGGCUCUUGAGAGAAGACAAGCCUCAGAAGGAGUCGGUGAACAUCGUGAGAGGCUUCAGAGUUGUAGCUGCCAUCCUUUUUCUCCUCUGUCUCCCGGUGAUCUGAGCUGUCAGCAGAAGGACACCCCAUAACCGACAUUAUGAGCUCACGAGGCAGGAACAGACACGUGCACUUCUAUAUAGGCUCAACACCUUUUGAAGAAGACGAGGAGAGAUACAGAGAAGGUUUUCAAGACAGUCCUCAUUUCGUCCACACGAUGGCCGAGACGGAUCAAGAGGAGGGUCACAGCAUUGACCUCACCGAUCGGACAGAGCAAGAAAUACGAGACAUGGGCAUGACUGAUCUCCUCUCCAUUGCCGAAAAAGUGAACAUUAUUAACGACCCCAACCUUACAGAUGUUGAGGACAUGCGACAAAGAAUCAUCCUUAUCAGAAGGAAACAGGCUGGGACAUCACACAAGUGGCAGUCGCUGUUCAGCUCCGUGGCGUCCAACUGUAGAGACAAAACGAAGCCCCUGGAGAGUAUAAUGCGCGAGGUCAGAUCGGCUUUUGGAAGCAUCCCGACAGAUCCACUAUCACAGAUUCUCACAAAGGAAAAAUUCCUGUCUGAAGACAACCCUGACAUCCUCUACGAGCUGGACAGACGAACUGACGCCCUCACGACUAAUGACUAUUUGGUUGUUGUUGCAGGAGAAACAAAUGGCGGGAAGAGUUCCUUAUUGAACUUGAUGUUGGGGAUGGACGUUCUGCCAACAGAUGUCAUUCAUUGCACCUUUGCAAUCUGUAAGAUGCAAUAUUCAGAUUCCUUCAGCUUUGAAACACUCAGCUUUACAGGGGAGAAAAAGACAUACAGAUGUCAAAGUGCACAGGAAACUUCUGAACUUCUCACACCACUCGUAGCUCGAUCAGAACAAAAAGCACGCAUAUCGGGCCCCACGAUCAAAGAAAUAACUCUACGACUUCCAUCGGAUAUUUUGAAGAGCGGUGUCACACUUGUCGAUACCCCCGGUAUCGGAGAGGAUGAUAAGAUGGACGACAUUACAAUGAAUUACGUCAAAAACACACAUGCAUCUGGCUUCCUCUACAUCAUCAAAACAGAUUCUGCUGGUGGUGUCCAAGAGGACAGAUUGAUGGAUUUUCUGCGGGCAGUUCGCUCUAAGUACACAACAGGCUCUAUGAAGGAGUCAUUCGACCCCAAAGCUGCAAUGUUUGUCUGUCAUCGGUGGGACACCAUCAGUGAUGAAGCGAAAGAAAAGGUCAAAGCAAGCGCCAUCAAUAACCUUGAGUUUUGUUGGCCAGGGUUCGAUCCCUCACAGUUGUUCUUCUUCUCCACAAUGGACACUCUGAAACAUCUCUCUGUCGACAAAGACCUUGUGACAGACAGUUUCAGCGUGUUGCUCAGGGGCAUACAGAAACUUUUCGACCGGGCCGUUAAUGGGUCAAUCAGAAGCCAGUACCUGUGGGUGAGAAAUAUGGUGCACCCAGCUUCCGAACAUCUCCGUUCCAUGAUCACAUUUUGCAUCAAGACCAACGAGGAACUGGAGAAACACUUUCGAGGGGUUGCCACCAAACAGGAACAGCUGCUGGCCAACUCAAGGGAGAAAGCAGAGAUCCUUAAGAGGGAUAUGGAUGAACGGUUGGAAGUCCUGAAGAGUCAAAUUGGUGAAUUCCUCAACUUGGAGAUUACUUCUGUCGAACAUUAUUUGCCAGAAUUCAACGAUUUGAAGCAGCUCUGUUCGGAGCCCCACUUCUUCGUCAAAAGAGAGAACCGACGUAUGCUGGACGACAAAAUCCUGAUUAAUCUUCUGAGAUACGUUGAUGGAUUGGUGAUGUCUGAGAAUCUGUUGUCAGAAGUGGAAACCCAUGUCUUGGAGGCUAUUCAAAGUCACUUGGGACUGUACAAAAACCAGAUCCGUGGUAUCAAGAGGGCCCUUACCAGGGGGGAAGGGAUUCGCGCCGAUUCGAUGAAAGACUUUGGAGUUUCUGUAGACUCUACCACAUCUAACAGAUCGUCGAAUUCAGGCCAGGACAUUGACGAGAUGGACACUAUGAUGCACUUUGACCCUGCUCGUUUGGCAUCUGACGUGAAACUGUUUCUGGAAAAGAAGAAAACAAGUGGUGCUGCUGUCGGAAGCCCCCGCUAUGACAAACAAUCUGUUCGCCAACCUCUGUUCAGUGUAUUCAAGGACAAGCUUUUACACAAAAAUGCAGACCCUUUAACGUUCCUGAAAAAACGGAGCAAAAAAAUUGCGGACAGAAUCAGACAAGAUGACGCAAUUAUGACGAGUAUUGUUUUUGGAUACAGCGAUUGGAUCAGGAAAUAUGUGGAGAGAGCGGUGGAAAGCAUCCCCAUGUUCAUAGCUGUCAAUAUGAAUCUCAUGGACCAGAUCCGAGAACAUCGACUUCUCUUUCAGAGAGACAAAGAGCUGCUCAAGGAAGUGAUGGACAAACUUGAGCCAUUCAGAAACCAUCUCAAAGGUUACGGCUCUCUCUAUAUGAGCGAUGUCAAUGCUGAAUCUCUGGCCUUCACCAUUGACCGACGCACUAGCUCCGUCACCUUGCCAGACUCCAUUGGAGUCACAAGAAACCCACACAAUGACUCUGGCUUUAGAGGCAGCGGCAGCAGCAAAAAGAGAGUGAAAACCGUCGGAGAAAGCUUCUGGGCUCGCCUACAGCUGGCUAAUCUGUCAGUUGACGAUCAACCGCUUCCAGUUGUUGUCAAGACCUACACCCAUGAGAUGGGAGACAGGACCGUGCUGUCGGAGAUAGCGGCACUCAGGUGUUUGGACCAUGAGACGAUUGCACCGUUCUUCGGUAUGACCAGGCUGAAAAUCGCGAACGUUGUCCCUGGUGACGAGCAGGACAAUGACGACGCCGAGGUUCCAAGAGUCAGCGCCUUCCUUUUCAAAGGUUUCCUGGUCUCUGCUCGGCUCUACAAUCGGGACAACAUAGACUCGAUCCAAGAAUGGACCCCUCGUAUGAUUACGUCCCUUCUUCAAGGACUUUACUUCAUUCAUAGAGAGGGGAUGGUUCAUAUGGAGCUCAACUUGGACACUGUCAUGGUCGACAAAUACAACGGAAAUGUGAAACUCUGCCAUAUCUGCAAGCCUCGGGCUGCGGUACUUCCUGAGAAUCGCCACAAUGUUCCGACUCACCAGUGUGUGUGCCUGUCCCCUCCCGUUCUGGAUGGUCACAGCUACGAGUCCACCGAUGACAUUUACGCCUUUGGCCUUCUGCUGUGGGAAAUCCUCUUCCCUCAAAGCCCGCUGCCUUUCCACGAGGAACGACAGUGGCCCCUGGAGACGUUCAUCGAGAAAUGCCACCCGUCUGCCAUGCUGGCAGAUGAUCUGGACGCCCUCCCCGCCUCGACAGAAGUCCAAACUGUGCUGAGAGGGACUCUGUUAGUGAGCAGAGGAUCGUCCGCCAUGUCCAUAAGCGCCAUACAAAGUGAACUUGAGGAUUUGAGCAACGAUCCUUCGGUGAAGUGUUUGGGGAACUGUGGUCAUGGAGUUAAAAAGAUCCUCUACUCAGAUCCCCAAAACAUUGAAGACAAGCUGAAAAAUGCAAAAAACUUUGUUCCGCCCAGUGGCCCGUCGCCCGUACCUCCCCCUCGCAGAAACCGUGCUCGUGACCUCGGGGCAUCUCUGAGUGAUCUGCGAGGCAUUCCCCAAUAUCAUCAUCAUAAGGGCAUUGGCUCUCGUCGCUUCAGCGUGCCAACUAUCAUAGUGUCGGGAGAUGCUCAAUCCCGGGGCGCCACUGCUGGCAAAAAGGUGAAGGAAAAGGAGAACUUUGGAAAAUCGCAAACGCCAAGCACUGAGGUCGCAGGGAAUCAAGAACCAAGGCGUUUGAGGAGAUCAUCGGCUGUAACACAACCACAGAACCAGCAGCUGAGGAAGGAGAGGCGGCGUCACAGUGAAGUCACAGCGCCAAGGCAUGGGCGUUCCCGACGCUCGGGUGUGGUGAACACGGACAUCACGGAAAUCACGGUUCAGAUGUUGAAAGAACAGUACAGAAGUCCGUUCGACACGUCAGAAUACCCAUCAGAAAGUCUAAGAAGGACAUCUCUAUCGCGAACUCCUUCCCCCAAAAAUCGAUACUCACAUUCAAUGGGUUUUGAAUCUAACACAAAUAUAUCUCUUGAUGACGAUUUAUCUCUUGGUAUACUAGCUGCUGACAGAUUUGAUUCGAGUCUGAGACACAGCCCUAGAAGCAGCCCUAGAAACAGCCCUAGAAGCAGCCCUAGAAAUAGCUAUAGAGGUACCGGUAAAGUGGAGCAUGAGGAUGUGGUUAGUUCAGUCAGCUCCUGGUUGAACACUUCAGUCGCUCGUGGCAACAAAACUGGAAGUUUCUCCAGGUCACCUAGUUCUCUCAGAUCUUCAGUGGGUUCUGAAGACUCCUUGAAUUCCCUAAAUUCUUCAUUGUCCCAUCACAAGGGCGUCCAUCAUGUUUUUUCCGCACCAGGUUCGGCCAGUGGAAGUCCCAGCAGCUUACGUCGAGUUACUUUUGAUAACAAACCCUACAAACAGGCAUCAUUCCUCUCUCCGUGCCCUGAAGAGCAAUCGCCAAAACCCUGGCUCUCAUCGCAUUCCAAGAUGUCUCUAUCUGAGCUUGAUCUAACUUCGCAGCAGCGGCAGAAGCAACAGCAGCAACAGCAGCGACAGCAGCGACAGAAGCAACAGCAGCAACAGCAGCAACAGCAGCAACAGCAGCAACAGCAGCAACAGCAGCAACAGCAGCAACAGCAGCAACAGCAGCAAAGCGCCACAGACCUCCAAGACGAAUGUCUCAGCAGUUCAUCUAAGAUAGGCUCAAGAGGUCGGGCACGCUCACACUCCCCAACUAUACCUGGUAAAACAUCUCGUCAUUCUGAGAGGAGCUCCAAACAAUUCCUCAGUUGUGACUGGGGAUCUGAAGACCUACCAGAUCAAACGCCCGCAGACUCAGCAGAUGACAACAACUCUGGGACACUCCGAAAACCGCAAUUCCUGAAAAAGAGUAAGCACCCUUCUGCUUUUGGUUCGUCUCUGUCCAGCUCCAGAGGUGAACUCAAUCUGGGCAAUACCGAUCAAUCGGCAAGCUCCAAUCUGGACUUCGUAGAUGCAAAAUCACCCAGCUCAAGAUCAUCUAGAGAUGGUCAUGUUUUCCCUGUUGAGGAAAAUUCUAGACUGAAAGCGCAAUCAGACUCUCCUCCCUUUGCAAUAGUUGAUGAAAGAAGAAACGUCUCUGCUUUCGACACGUCGGGUUACUCAAGUCAGCCCAUUGAUUUGUUGGCCAACAAUGAGUUUUGCAGCUCUGAAGGCAUCGCCCAGGAGCUCCAUCCUGACUCAUCCGAAGACGCCGCGACAGAGACCUCAACGUCUACAACCGCCCCAGACACUAAUUAUACUCGUAAAGCUUACACCCACAACAGUUACCUCGCUGACAAUAUCAGUGCCAAAAACACAAACACUGAGUUUGAACAUUUUCAUGACAUGAACGCGAAUGAGAGAUACCAGGAAGAGACUAUCACCUCCGAAGUGGAUUCCAGUGACGACCGAUCAAAUUCUGCAGCGGCGGAGAGCGGAGAUAACUGGGAAGGACGCUUCUCUGAGUCGGUUCGGGACUCCUGUGAUUAUUUUGAUCCGUCAGCCUUGCGGGUGGCAGACGAGGAAUCCCUUAGCAAAGCUCCGCCUCCACCUCCGAAGUUAGACCUGGCCGCCCUUGGCUUUCUCGAUUAGAUAGAACGUUGUUGCUUGUUCUCACGCCCACAAGUGAACUCCGACACAAUAGUCAGGAAGACACUGAUCGACAACUGUUUGGAUGACUCAGUAUUAGUUUUAAGACGUGUCCUCUGUUGUUUUCCCAGAGUCUCUUUUUACACACAUAAUUAUUGUGCUUAUUGCCCUGUUGUAUCAUAAAUUAAUAUUAUUUGUGAAAGUUCCUUCAUUAUGACUGCCAGAAUUGUUAAUAGAUGUGAAAAGAAUUCUUUCUUAGAUUUUUUUAAAAUAUUGAUCUAGACUUUUUGUGUUGGGCCACACUUGUCAUACUCAGGCUCACGGACCGCAUCCGGCCCGGCUAACAAUUAUAUCCGGCCAACGAGAGAAUUUUAGGUAGUCUGUCCUGAGUCUCUAUAACACAGAACCUCAUUCCUAAUACAAACAAACUGGUUGCCAAGACAAGAGGCCGAGCUUCCAGCUCUGACAAACUGGCGUUAGAGCGAAAAUUGGUAUGGCUUGGUUUGUGUUUACUCUAACGUUUGUCCUUUUAAAUUCCUAUAAUAUUUGUUUUAAAUAAUUUAAGUUUUUCACUGCUGAAUGAGUGUUUAACUAGUUUCACCCCAAACCUUAGGUAUAAUUUGACUUUUCACCCCCCAAUCAAUUGAGUUGUACACCCUUGUAUUAGCUACGAGCAGAGCGUUAAACAAGGCUUACUCAAAUUAUUCAAAUUGUAAAGAAGGAAUACACAAGUAAGAAGAAAAGUACUAUCCUCUAAUGGGAAAAGAGCACAUUUACUUACGAGGAGAUAUAACGCCAAGGAGGGUUCUUCCACUAUUAGAGUGCAUGGGUCAAAUGUUGGGACAGAGUACGAGCACAUAAUCUGCCUUUGUGUGUGUGGGGGGGGGGGGGGGGGGUCUUUCACGUAUAAUGGUUUAAGGAGUGCCAUUACAAAACGAGAACUUUCCACGGAGUCAAGAUUUAAUCCCUUGUUGUUGGCCAUAAGCAACCAGACAAUCAUACUGCACUGAUUUGAAUUAUGAUUACCUGUGUCUUUCGGUUGUAUUCAUGUCUUUUAUUUUGAAAAAAAAA